GUCAACUGCGUGGUCACGUGCUCGCUUCCGUCACACGUUUUGGGUGUUAAGAUGGCGGUGCCCGCUGGAGAGAGUUCUCAGACAGGAUCUGAUGAAUUAUUUCAAAACUUUUACACGGAGGUGAAGCAGAUCGAGAAAAGAGACUCUGUGUUAACCUCCAAGCAGCAAAUAGAUCGACUGCUCAGGCCUGGCUCGUCCUACUUCAAUCUCAACCCCUUCGAGGUGCUGCAAGUUGACCCAGAUGCAACUGAUGUUGAGCUAAAGAAAAGGUUCCGGGCGUUAUCCAUUUUGGUCCAUCCAGACAAAAAUCAGGAUGACCCAGACCGAGCACAGCUAGCUUUUGAAGCGGUCGACAAGGCAUACAAAAACCUUCAGGAGCCAGAACAGAAGAAGAGGGCUUUAGAUGUGAUCCAGGCGGGAAGGGAAUACGUGGAGCACAUGAUAAAAGAGAAAAAGAAGCAGUUAAAGAAGGAUGGAAAACCUCAAAUCGUGGAGGAGGAAGACCCAGAAUGUUUUAGGCAAGCAGUGUAUAAACAGACCAUGAAGCUGUUUGCUGAACUUGCCAUCAAGAGGAAGGAAAGGGAAGCAAAAGAUAUGCAUGAAAGGAAAAGAGCGAGAGAGGAAGAAAUUGAAACGGCAGAGAAAGCAAAGCGAGACAGGGAAUGGCAGAAAAACUUUGAGGAAACGCGGGAUGGCCGCGUGGACAGUUGGAGGAACUUCCAGGCUAAAGGAAAGAGCAAGGAGAAAAAGAACAGGUCUUUCUUAAAGCCCCCCAAAGUAAAGAUGGAGCAAAGAGAAUAAUAGAACAAUGGGACUCGAUUAAUUUAAAACCUUGUUUUCCAGACUGUAUCCCUUCCAAUUAUGAUUAACAUCCUAAAUACCUGCCUCAUGUCAUUAAGUAGUGCAUCUUCCACAUGUUAGCACGCACGGUUGGUGAUCCAUUUUUUUUAUACAUAAAAUAAAAGUUGGUCUUAAAGCCA